AAAAGAAAACAGCAUCACUCUGACGGUACAUAAAACCCAGAAAACUCGAACGAAAUAUGUCACUCUUGGAUAAAACGUAAACAUAAAAAAACCCGCAAAAACGUGUGAAUACGUACGAUACAUUCAGCCUUUAAAAUAUUAGAAAAAAAAAAAGAGAGAAAAAAAAGAAAUGGAUAACCCGACGAAAGUAGACCUAUUCUAUGAAAGAUGGGAGCCGUUCCACCUCCAGAUCGUCUCGAUAGCAGUCAAGUAUGCGAGCGAAGAAGUCCAAGCGAACCGAUUAGAAGAGUCCUUCCAACCACUCUGUUCGCCCAGUCUUCCCCCAACAACUCCACCCACAACAACACCAACCCCACUCCUAGUCGACAGUCUUCCUCCACCUGAACCGAAUACUACAGCCCAUUCUUCAGACAAUCAUUAUCCAACACUUAAAGAGUUAUCUUCAAUAGAUUCAACGAUCGAGAAGGAGGAGAAAGUAGACCAUCCAAAAACAACAACAACGAUAGGUUAUUCUCGAGUCCCAACAAGAUCAGAGGAAGAGAAGAUAAAGGAGGAAGAGAUCGCCGCGGAGAAGGCUGAAGAAUUAGACCACGGGGUCCAUCAAGAAUGGCUCGAGACUCGGAAGAAAGGAUGCGAAGGAUGGAUGAAGUUUAUCCUAGAAUCGGUCAAAGUAGAUCCAGCCUCAUUACCCGAGAAGCCACUAAGAACGGACCUGACGGAGCUUUCGAAAGAGAUACCAUCGACGAUGCAUGUCGAGAUCAUCCACGACCUAGUCAUUUUUUCCCUCUCAGCCUCCCACAUCUCGCCCACCAAUGCUCCUCUUAGUUCAUCCAAACCAACGACGAAUGAGAACCUAAAUUACUCAGCAUUAGAUCGACAGUUAGUUUUUCAAGCAGCAGAAGCUCUUGGGAUCGAGCCGACGAUUGUCUAUGGAGCCGAGAAACUAGUAGCCCAAGAGUUAUUCUUCAUCCUCCAACAACAGAACGAAGCGGCUUCCAAACAACAAGGGGACGGAGAAGUUGAAGAUGACCAAGCCGAGACUACGCCCGAGAGCAAGCUAACGAAGAGUUCCAAGGCGGCCAUUCUCGCCGCCGCCGGGAAGAAGAAAUGGCUGCGUUACCUGGGCGCCGGUGCGGGUGUGAUCGUGGGUGGGGUUGCGAUCGGACUGACCGGAGGCCUAGCCGCGCCCGUCCUGGCGCCCUUCCUGGUCGGCCUCUCCGGCGGUGCACUUGGCUUCCUGGCUACCAGCGGAGGCGCGAUUCUCAUCGGCACCCUCUUCGGCCUGGCCGGCGGGGGAUUGGUAGGAUACAGGGCCCAGAGAAGACUCAAAGGGAUCGACGAAUUUACCUUCGAACGUCUGCCUGAUCAGGACGGAGAAGUGGAUGGAGAUCUUCCCCGCAUCCCGAGCUUACAUGCGACGAUCGUCUCGUCAGGAUUUCUACUAACGGCGACGGAAUACAAAGACAUGUGGAUGCCGACAUUAAGCAAGACGAUCGAUCGCCGGGACGUGUAUGCGUUAAAGGUAGAGACCGGAGCAUUGCUGUCAGCAGGCAAGGACCUGGAAACCUAUAUCAGGGACACCUUACUGCAACACGGUGCCACUGAGAUCAUCAGACACACCGUCCUUGCCUCCGUCUGUGCCGCCCUCCUCCUCCCCGCUUCUAUCUAUAAGGCCGCCGUCAUGGCACUCGAUAACGAGUACCAACGGACUCGUGAUAUCUGCGAAAAGGCUGGCAUCUUGCUCGCCGAUAUGAUUGAGCAAAAAGCUCACGGUGCGCGUCCUCUAACAUUAAUAGGUUCAGGGAUGGGAUCGAUUACGAUAGUCCGAGCCUUACUAGAGUUAUCGAAACGAGGGGGAGGCGCGGCGGAGUUCCAAAUCGACCAAGUGAUCUUAAUCUGUUCGCCAUUAUCACCGGACCCGAUAGAAUGGAAGACGAUUCGGCGAAUGACGAGUCGGAGGGUAGUGAAUGUGUACAGCAAGAACGACUGGGUAUUAGCGAUUCUUGCCCGUCUUGAUUCGCUCCUUAGCGCCCGUAGAGUCGCUCAUGUCGCCGGAUUGAGAGACCUUAAUCUCCCGCAUAUCUCUUCCGUCGACGUCUCCGAUCUCGUCCAUGGUCAUCUGGAUCUUAACUCUAAAAUCCCUCUCAUCUUGGAUAGGAUCGAUAUCCAUCGCUGAUCGCUUCUUCCCUCCUUUUCUUCGGGAUUUGUUUGUUUACGCUUCUUUGACUUCCAACAUUUAUUUAUUUUCAAUUUAUUUUUUGAAUGAUUCCUCUUAUGACAGACCUUAUAUGAUAAAUUCUAAUAACCAUUUUAAUGUAUGCUCAUUUUUUCGUUUUUUUUUUCAAAUGUGUAGCUUCACUUUAAUCUCCUCACGCCAUUUUUUCAAAUAAGCAGUCCACUACAGUCCUAUGUUGUUUUUGUUUUAUUCUUUUUUUGGGCUGUGGCAUUGAUGACGGUGAAAAACAGGUUAAUGUUGGUUGUUUCUUUU